AUGUCUCCCCUCAUCGCCCAGUCACCCACGCCGCGCGUGAUCCUCGGUCUGAUGACGUUUGGCCCGGACGAGUCCACCGGCGCCCGCAUCACCGACGUCGGCGAGUUCGGCAAGGUGCUGGACCUGUUCCAGUCCCGCGGCUACAACGAGGUCGACACCGCCCGCAUGUACGUCGGCGGAAAGCAGGAGGCCUUUACGCGCGAGGCCGGAUGGAAGGACCGCGGCCUGACCCUGGCCACCAAGGUCAUGUACCCGGGGGUGCCGGGCGCCAACACCUAUGACAAGGUGCUGCAGUCGGUCGACACCAGCCUGAAGGAUCUGGGGACCGACUGUGUCGACAUUCUCUACCUCCACGCGGCGGACCGCGCAACCCCCUUCGCCGACACCCUCCGCGCCAUCAACGACCUCCACGUCGCCGGCAAAUUUGUGCGCUUCGGCGUCUCCAACCUCACCGCCUUCGAGCUGGCCGAGGUCGUGCUCACCUGCGCCCACCACGGCUGGGUGCGCCCGACGGUCUACCAGGCCAUGUACAACGCCAUCACGCGCAGCAUCGAGCCCGAGCUGGUGCCCGCCUGCCGCCGUUAUGGUUUGGAUCUGGUGGUGUAUAACCCGCUGGCGGGGGGGUUGUUUUCCGGGAAGAUUAAAUCGCGGGAUUUGGUGCCCGACGAGGGGAGGUACAGUGAUAAUGCCGUGUCGGGGAAGAUGUAUCGGGAGCGGUAUUUUAGGGAUACGACGUUUCGGGCGCUGAGGGUGGUGGAGGGGGCGGUGGAGAAGGCGGGGUUGAGCAUGAUUGAGGACGGCGUUGAGGUGGGUGGUGCAUCACUCGGCGUUGAGGGUGAGGGAUGGGAAUGA